GUUAAUGUUAUCCUAGCUGCCCUCGUCCAUCAAUUUUGCAGACCUCUUCAACGCUUCCCCAUGUUGAAAGAUAGUGUCCGUCCUAUUGUCACGGCUGGAACACCACAAUUGUUCAGACUGACUACGCAUAGCCCGGCGGAGACAGCUCCUACCAUGGCUAUCGAGACACAAGACUAUCCGCCCCUGUCUGCGGAAGAGUUCAAGGUGUACAAUCGUGCGGCCGAACACAUGGACUACUUUCAUGAAUUCCUGCGUCGCUCGUGGAACAUCCUGUGGGAAGCUGCAACCAGUGGCCGACGACCAGCACACAUCAGCAUGCGACAAUUCCUCAGCGAGGGGCUGCGCUUCGCCGAGCACCUCGAGAUCCACCACGACAUCGAAGAGACGCGGAUCUUCCCCUACCUGGCGAAAAGAAUGCCUGAGUUCCGCAUGGGGCGUGGUCGGCAAGCAGCCGAGCUCUUGCGGCAACAUCGGGAAAUCCAUGUCGGGCUGGAAGGGUUCCAGGAGUAUCUGAAGAGCUGUCUGCGAGGGGACGAAGAGCUCCGACUGCAUGUGUUGCGGGGCAAGAUGGAAGGAUGGAGGGAGGUGCUCUGGACACAUCUCGAUCAGGAGGUCAAGACGCUCGGGGCGGAAAAUAUGCGACGGUACUGGACGAAGGAGGAGAUGGCGAGAAUACCUAUGUAAGGGUUACACGUCGGGGUAAUGUGUACAUGGG